CCAAAAAAAAAAAAGAAAAAGAAAAAGAAGAAACAAAGGAGAGGAACAACAAACACUCUUAGCAGAGAUCGAGCUAUACACGAAGAAGCAGAGACCAAAAAUUUCAAUUCACACAAAAUUUAGCAGAAAAAUUCAAUUUUGAAGAAAUUUACAGCGACACAAAGAGGGAAAUUAACGAACAAGCUUCGAAGAUUCGAAACAAAUUGAAGUGAAGUUCGAGAUUUCUAUUCAAUUUUCUGAACUUCGCUAAGGUCAGAGUUCAAUCAAUUGAUCUCUUGAUUGUACCAAGUUUGGAGCUUUUGGGAUUUGUCGAAGCAAUGAGGGUUUUCGGAUUGAUGCAAGUGAUGUAAUGUUCGCUUCGUUUUUGUUCCACGCGAGUAUGGUGUUUCGGACCCUUUUGUUUGAUUUUUCAAACUUAGGGUUUUGAUUUGCUAUAGAAUUCGUUGAAUUGGGUUUUUGUUAAGGGAUUUCGUGGUUUGGGUUAGUGUGAUUUUUUAGCUGUUUGAUCUUUAGGGUUUUGUGAUUUGGGGAAAUUGAGAUUUGGUGUGUGUGUUUUUUUUAGUGUUUGAAAUUUGGGCAUGAGGGUAGCUUUAUUGAGGUUCAAAAUUGGUGCUUUAGGUUGGGUUACUGUUAUUAGAAUGAUUUGUUUAUCUUCUGCUAGUUUGUGUAUGCAGAAGAUGUGGUGUUUGAUUUGUGUUCAAUGAUGUAGGAGAGGGUAAGUUUUUGGGUUAUUUGGAAAGAGAAAUAAACGAGUGCGAUUGGAAUAGAUUUAGGUUACUGGUGAGUGAUUGAGUGGGUUGUUUUCUGAUUUUGUUGGAAGGUGUAUGAGAAAUGCAACCCCAACAGAAUUCGAGAAUUGAUUUGGGUGAGUUGAAAGUACAUAUUGUAAAGAAGGUUGGACCGGAUAAGUCGAAGCGGUACUUUUAUUACCUUAACAGGUUUUUGAGUCAGAAGUUGAGCAAGAAUGAGUUUGAUAAGUUAUGUUUCCGGGUACUUGGGAGGGAGAAUCUUCCGUUGCACAAUCUUUUUAUAAAGUCAAUUUUGAAGAAUGCUUGCGAAGCCAAGACCCCGCCGCCAUCAGUCCAUCCAUCAGGUUCUUCAAAAUCAGGAGCACGUGUUACUACUAAUUUGUCUCCUGGUAGAGAUGAUGGACACGAACAAAGUGUUGCUAACUUCCAAAAUCAUAAUGCUUCCAUUUGGCCAAAUGGGGUUUUGCCUGUGUCUCCACGUAAGUUACGGUCUGGAAUGCGUGAUCGGAAGCUUAAAGACAGACCAAGCCCCCUUGGACCAAAUGGGAAAAUUGAUUCUGUUUCACAUCACUCCAUGGCUACAGAAGACGGUGAUGGUAAGGUUGACAUGGAGAAUGGAACUCUUCCUCUCUGUGAUUAUCAGCGACCAACACAGCAGCUUCAAGCAGCUGCUGAGCUACCUAAGAAUGUUAUUGCUGAUGGUAUACAACGACUUGCAAAGAAACCAAGAAUACAUGGCAAAGGGCUGACUCAAAUGUCAACCGCGGAAGAUGGAAUGGAGGCAGAGCAAUUAAACCGCCUCAAUUUUGCCAGAAAUCCAUUGAUAGCGCCACUUGGGAUUCCUUACUGUUCUGCAAGUGUGGGUGGGGCCCGCAAAGCAUUGCCGGUGAAUAGUGCUGGUGAUUUUGUUAGUUUUUGUGACGGUGGUCGGUUAUCUGAUACAGAUAUGUUGAGAAGGCGCAUGGAGCAGAUUGCAAUGGUACAAGGUCUUGGAGGUGUUUCUACGGAAUGUGCAAGUAUGUUGAAUAGUGUGUUGGAUGUGUACUUGAAACGAUUGAUCAAGUCAUGUGUUGAUUUAGUAGGAGCUAGAUCUGCAAAUGAGCCGUCGAAGCUCCCAAUCUCAAAGAAACAGAUUCAGGGGAAGAUCGUCAAUGGCAUGAUGCCACAUAAUCAUUUACAUGUGCAGAAUGCUGGUAGGUUAGCAGAACCUGAACCUGAACACAGACCCCAGUUCUCGGUAUCUUUGCAAGACUUUAAAGUCGCGAUGGAGCUAAAUCCGCAGCAACUUGGAGAAGAUUGGCCACUACAAUUGGAGAAAAUUUCUAUGCAAUCUUUUGAGGAAUAACACAUGAAUAAUUUUUUUCCUUCUUUUUCAUAAGCAAAGAUUGGAUCUGUUUCUUCUGGUUCUGAUGGCUCACCAGUACUUUAUGAUUAACGGUGUAAUUGACUCUGAUCUUAUCAUCAAGAUGCGCCAGAUGACUCAUACACCGGGAAUUUCUAGCCCUUCCAGGAUUGAGUGCUGGUUUUGAGCUUCCAAUUGUUUUAUCAAGUGUGCAGAUCUCAGACGAAUCAGAUAUAUAUUUAACUGCAACCAAGGGUAUUAUCAAAUGAAACCCAGGAUUGGUUGCACUGUUGUAUGUUUAGCAUUGGUAUUGGCUGUAUUGUUGCUAUUGCAAGAGAUCUCAAAGCUUUUGUUUGCAUUACAGCCAAUGAGGAGACUUAGAAAAAGUUUUGCAGGGAUACUAUUGUGUAGCUGGGAUCAAGGGACCGGGACAUGUAUAAGAGCCGAAGCUUGCUCUGUAUGUAUUUUUAGAAUAUGAUUAUUAAUUGAAAUUCGAUAUUAAUAACACAUCAAGUUCUAUUGAAAUUUCCUUGAUGAUAUUGAUAUCAGUUUUAUGGUUGAA